UAUGUAGAGAGAGAAAAGUGGAGAGAUAGAGAGACGAGGAGGGCACGCAUCAUGGGACAAAGACAACAUGGCUGAAUGACCCUAAACAAAUAAUGUCCUGUCUUGUUACAUAAGAUACAGAAAAAAUACUAGGCUUUUCUUCUUCGCUUCUUCAUCAUCAGUUUUGCCUAUCCAAGAAGACAUUCAAUCGAAAACCCAAUCAUUUUAUCCGUAAUAUAAACGCAUAACUUUCUUGUAAACCCAUCUCUAAUUUUGAUUCCGACUCUGGGGAAAUUAAGGGAAAAUGAUGACAAUGGAAGGGAUGAUGGAUAAGGGUGUGCUUGAUGAUAUAAUAAGGAGGCUGUUAGAAGGGAAAGGAGGUAAACAGGUGCAACUUUCGGAGGCGGAGAUCCGGCAGCUUUGCGUCAACGCCCGCCAAAUUUUCCUCUCUCAGCCCAUUCUUCUUCAAAUCCGUGCCCCUGUUAGGAUCUGCGGUGACAUUCAUGGACAAUAUCAAGACCUAUUGAGGCUUUUUGAAUAUGGUGGGUACCCUCCAACCGCAAACUACCUCUUUCUAGGUGAUUAUGUUGAUAGAGGCAAACAGAGUUUGGAAACAAUAUGUUUGCUAUUGGCUUACAAGAUAAGGUAUCCUGACCAAAUUUUCCUUUUGAGGGGAAACCACGAAGAUGCAAAAAUCAACCGUAUUUAUGGAUUUUAUGAUGAAUGUAAAAGGAGAUUCAAUGUUCGACUUUGGAAGAUAUUCACCGAUUGCUUUAAGUGUUUGCCUGUUGCUGCACUAAUAGAUGACAAGAUACUUUGCAUGCAUGGAGGACUUUCCCCGGAACUAAAACAAUUGGAUGAAAUUAAAGAGAUUGAACGGCCCACUGAUAUUCCUGAUAAUGGACUAUUGUGUGACUUGCUCUGGUCUGAUCCUGAUCCGAGAAUACAAGGUUGGUCUGAUAGCGACAGAGGUGUUUCAUGUACUUUUGGACCAGACGUGGUUGCUCAAUUUUUAGAGAAAAAUGACUUGGAUCUCAUUUGCCGAGGUCAUCAGGUGGUGGAGGAUGGAUAUGAAUUCUUUGCUAAGCGGCGACUUGUCACUAUAUUUUCAGCUCCAAACUAUGGUGGAGAUUUUGAUAAUGCAGGUGCUCUUUUGAGUGUUGAUGAAUCUCUAGUUUGUUCUUUCGAGAUAUUAAAGUCUGCUGCAAGCACUUCAAAGUUUCCCCUAAAAAAGCCCCCAAAGAUUGGAGGGAUCUGAAAUGAAGAUUGAAACAGUGGAAAGAAUGGAAAAUGUACAUGAACAUUUGUCGACAGUGAGUAGGAAGAAUGAAAAACAUGUUGUUUUUCUGUCCAUAAUUUCGAGGCUUACGUUAGCAAAUUUCCGUGCUUCAAAGCUUGAAGAGGGUAGCUUUGGAUUGCCAAGAAUUAGAUCGGAAAAUUGAAGAUGAACUAAGAUUGUUCACUUGGUUAACUUAUACACCCUUUAUGUCAAUGAAUUUAUACACCCUUUGCUCGAUGUAUUUUGGUAGCUAGAAUUUACAUUUGCAACUGAUUUUGUGAUCUUUAAUUUCAUUUUUGUACAUCAAUUUCUAUUACAACGCUUUUUUUUUUUUUUUUUUUUUUUUUUUUUUGGGUAAUGUAUUCACUAUUGUAGAAAGUUUCUUUUUGUUGUUAAGAAGUGGAUGGAAUGAAGGAAAAAUGAAAUGUGGCAUUUUUAGUUA